AUGGCAGAGUUGAAGAUCAAAGUUUUAUCAAAUGAGUUUGUGAGACCAUCAUCUCCCACCAAUUAUCCUUUCAAAAAAUAUCACCUCUCCCUGUUGGAUCAAUCUAUUCCCCGUUUCUUCAUCCCCUCAAUUCUCUAUUACCAAGCCACUUCCACCACCACCACCACACAACAUGAACUGAUCUCUUCCCGCCUUAGAGAAUCACUCUCCCAAACCUUGACCAAGUUCUACCCUUUCGCAGGGCGGCUCAAUAGAGCCGACAACUCCAUAGACUGCAACGACAUGGGCGUUCGAUAUUUAGAGGCAAAAGUCGAUUCCAAUAUCUCCGAGGUGAUCGAGUGCCAUGAAGCACGAAUGGUUGAUCCACUCAUACCCAACUCCAUGGGAAAUGAUGAAGAAGAAGAUGAGAUUUUCGCAAUUCAAGUUAACUACUUCAACUGCGGAGGCAUUGCAAUUGGCACUUACAUCCCACAUCAGAUUGCAGACGGGGUCUCUUUUUUCACAUUCAUAAAGUCGUGGGCUGCAAUAUCUUGCCAACAUGAUAUUAACAUCAUUAAUACCCUGAAGCCGAGCUUCGUAUCAUCAUCCCUCUUCCCGCCAAAGGAGAACCAUGACUACAAUCCACUAUCCGAAGACUGGAAAGAGACCCUAGUCACGAGGAGGUUUGUUUUUGACGCAAGUCAUAUAACUUCAAUCAGAGAAAAGGCGAGAAUUGAUCAUGAUUAUCUCAUUCCCACCCGAGUGGAAGCAGUAUCGGCUUUCAUAUGGAAGUAUGCUACGGUUGAUAAGCCCGGUAAACAAUACAUCGCAACUCACAAUGUGAAUCUAAGGAGCCGAAUGGUGCCUCCAUUGUCGGAGCAUGCUAUAGGGAAUCUCUUUGGGGUGGCAUAUGCAUAUUGCAGCUAUGAAGACUCAAAUGAUUUAGCAGUGAUGGGAAGGAAGGUGAGGGAAGGAAUUCGGAGAAUUGACGACGAGUACAUAAGGCGGAUUCGAGGGGACGAGGGGUAUGAGGUGAUGAUUGAUAAUUGGAUGAAGAUGGGGGAACUAGUGACAAGCGAGGAAGCAAAUUUCUUCAGAUUCAGCAGUUGGUGCAGGUUUCCAAUUUAUGAUGUUGAUUUUGGCAUGGGGAAACCUGUUUGGGCGAGCAUAGGGAGCUUGAACAUCAAGAACUCCGCUUUUCUAAUGGAUUCCAAAUGCGGAAAUGGAGUAGACGCCUGGGUUACUAUGAAUCAACAAGAUAUGGCUCGCCUUUCAGCUUGCUUUUGUUAG